AUGAUGGACAGAGGAGGUCAAGAUCAAUUCCUCUCCACACACGCUGCACUUAUGGCUGAUAACGAGUAUCAAUGUACAGCUUGUUUUGUGGUUAUCGAUGGUUCCAAGCCACUAGAUGAGAAGGUGACCACAUCCAAGUUUCGUCUUGCAGAUGGAACGGUCAUUGAGAAACCGCGGGAUGUGGCUAACACGAGAGCCGACGUCAUACGUCACUGCUUCUCUUCUCUCUCUGCUGCCUUUCCUGCUGGCAGAACACGCAAUAAGUUUUUUGGCAAGGGGCGUGUCAAAAGGGCACCAGCAACAUUCAUGUUUGCUUCUAGAAAGGAUAAAGCAAAAAGUAAAAGUUUUAUGGAAAGACAGGAGCAAAUAGUGCAAGAAAUCAUCGCUGAAGAGAAGUUUGGUGAUCACAUUGUGCCCUUUAGUGAAGAUCAGGUGCUGUUCCAUGUCGACAACACAAAGUCAGGAACAGGCGAUCCCGAUCCAACGAUUGUCCUCAUCAAGAAAAUGAUUGUUGAAAUGGCUCGUGAAUAUUGGGAUGAGGAAGAGAAGAUUCCAUUACCAUGGGCCAUUCUGGAUAAAGGUCUGGGCCUGUUGAGAAUGAGAAAGCACAAAGUUCUCGAUCUGCACGAUGUCUGCCAAUUAGCUGCCAGGGUGUGUGAUAUCUCAUCAGACGAGGAAUGCAGACAUGCUCUGCGAUAUCUGAGCAGCCAUGGAACUAUCGGUUUCUACCACAAUGUUGCCGGUCUCAACAAGAAAGUGCUUCCUAACAUUCAGUGGGUUGCUGAUGUUUUGGCCAUCUUUGUCACAGUUCUUGAUCGGUCAAGAAUUCCUCCUCAGUUUUGGAAUGAUCUCAAGAAGCUUCACGAGGAAGGGAUCAUGCAUUGGGAUCUUGCCAAGUAUCUGAUGGAGAAGGCAGGAGUGGAAGAAGUGAACUAUGAUGUCAUUCUUAUCCUGCUGCAGCUGUUUAAUAUAAUUUCCGGAUUAUUCUUGGCUUCUCGUUCAGUCACUGCAGAUGUCACAGUUCAACAGGGUCAGAACUUUUUUGUUCCCUCUAUGGUCAUCACAGAAUUCAUCACCAGCCACUUUGCCUACCAGUCAGCAUUCUGCUCUUGCACAUCUCCUCCAUCUUUGUUCUUUAUUCCCAGGGGUUUCAAUGCUUUUCUCAAACCUCUAUUUUACCGUUUUGUGACUCGCUUGAUCAGCAAGUACACUAGAGGCCCUCAGCUCAGUAGAAACCAAGUGAUACUUCAUCUUUCCAAGGAUGUGGAUCUGGAGUUGGUCUACACUAUGAAGGCUGUCAUUGUUAUCGUCUACUGCCCAUCCAGUUGCAAGCAACAACCUGCAGAUAAAGUGCUUCGUCCACUGUGUGACAGUGUGCGAGUGACUCUAAUAGAACAACUCAUGCGGGCCAAAGAACGAGGCAUGGAUGGCUUUCAAUUUGAGGUCUGUGUUCAUGCCACAGUUGAUGAAGCUCCAGUCGAGUAUGAUGUGAAACGAUUGGCCUCACUGGAUGACUAUCCAGAAGAUGAGAUGCUGAUUGACAAACAACGUCGACUCAUUGGCUCUCCUGCUAAACUUGAUAUGUGGUAUCACGACAUCUCUGUUAGUGAUACAACAGAAGUUGCUGCUGACAAAGUUUAUGAUCCAGAUUUGGUUCUGUCUACUGUAUUGCAGAAUGGUUGUGAUCGUUGGCUCUCUAUUGGUUUGAAGAUGGGAUUUACGUUUGGCAAAGUCAACGAGAAUACAAAUGGCAUCUCUGUUGGUGCUGACAAGUUGAAGUCUUUGUUUGAAGUAAAGGCACGAAAAGUAGGACGAGACAAAGCAGCCAAACAACUGCUAGCAGCUUGUUGUACUAUUCCACAGCCAAUUAUUGGAGCAGUGAUGGAUCAACUGGCAGUUUCAGGCGUUGCAGCAGCUGUAGCAUCACCUAAAUCUACUUCUACAGAAAUGAAGCAUGUGGCUGACUGCAAAUUGAGUGGAGAACAUCUGGUUGCUGCAGCUCGUGAAAUUUCUGGCUAUUGGAAGGAAUUUGGUGCACUGCUUGCUCCAGACAAGUUUACCUUGUCAACAAUGACUAUAAUAGAACAGGAACACAGAUUUUCGUUGUUUGAUCAAGCUCAUCAAAUGUUGGAUGACUGGACCAAUAAUCUGGACAGAGAAGCUAAAUGUCGUUUGAUUAUUGAAACAUUUCUUAGAAUGCACAAGAAAUCUCAGGCAAAUCUCUUAUUUGGUACAGACUUGGUAGAGUAUGUAGAAAAGGACAGUAGACAAAGUGUGCCUGCCAAGACAUCAAAGUGUGUUUUGAUUUGAAGCUUGUAACUAUAUAAGUCUAUAACUAGUUACUGCAUGCACGUUUUGAAUAGAGAUAUCAAACAUCUAAUUGGGUUGUGA